AUGAUAGAUGAAUACCAAGACGAAGUGGAAGUGGUGGAUGGUCGAUUGGAAUGGGCAGAAGACGCUGAUGAAGAAGUGGACGAGGAAGAAGCAGGCGACGACAGCAGCGAUGAUGAAGAUGACGAUGACGAACCGUAUGAAACAGCGACUCAUAUGAUGCCUCGUCUAUUGGUAGACAAGGCCGUGCUGGCAGCGAGGCAGAAACAGUUCAACUAUUCCGAGGAACUGUUCCAGAAUGCGCUGGAGCUGGACUGUGCGGAUCCCUACGUUGUCUUAACUGCGAUCGAGGAGUAUUUCGAGCCCCACGAGCAGUGGGAUCAGAUCAUUUUCUAUUUCCGCCAGCUUCCUCUGAUCGAUCCCAAUCGCGAAUUCGUGAACGAAGCGCGUUCGCUGCGCCAGAGCAUCUUGGAGACGAUCAUGGAUUCAGAAGCCUCGAACCAGCAGAUCUACGACUUGUAUCACCUCUCAGACGACAGCAAUCUGGAGUAUUACGGACGCAACGAAGACCUGGAGUUGCUUCCUGACACCGAUUACUUCGGUCGCGAUGUCCACACGCAUAGUGACGUGAACGAUGGAUUCGACCGAUUUGGCUACAACCAUCGCUUGUUCACCGAUCCGGCUGCUACGCAGUUCACUGUGGGAGAGCCAGCAAAGCGAGGAAUCGAAAGUCUGAGCGCCGCAGAGUUCUACGCGGGCAUUCCGAACUCGCUGCGAGAGGAUUACAUGGAUUUGAAUUGGUUCGAAGUCCCUGUAAUGAAGGAGUGGAUGAAAGAAAUCCCGACGGGAGGCGCUUCGGUGGACUGGGAGUCGAUGCGAGACAAGAACGGAAACCUGAGAAUUGCCCAGGACCAAGUGCUGACGAAGGAAGGAAAGCUGAAAGUGACGCUGGAGAAUGUGCAGAAGCUGCAUGAUCUGUUGGAAGAGGAAUAUGAAGGCGUUGGAGAUCUGGCGGGUGAACCGGAGCAUGCAGAUGAAGCGAAGAGUCAAAGCGUGCUGAUUCGAGAAUAUAAGACGAAUCCUGUGGAGAGAAACCGAUGGCAUCAGCUUGAGGAGGAUAUUGAAUAUCCUGUGGACAAGCAGGAUUAUGCUUUUAUGAGUUUGCUAAAUGAAUCGUUGAAGCAGUUUAAAGAGGGUGAAGAAGAGGACGGAGAGGAAGGAAACCAGAAUGAAGAGGGUGAAAGAAAUGAGGAAAACAAAAAAUAG